GGGGCAGGGCGGCUCCCGCCGCGGGGCGCGGGGAGGAGCCGAGCCCGGACCACCCACCCCGGGGCCGGGGGAGGCGGGGCGGAGCGGAGCGGGCGCGCCCGCCGCGCAGCAUCACCCGCACCUGCCGCGGAGCCGGAGCCGGAGCCAAGUUCCAGACGCCACUGGCCUGAAGACGGCCGGUAGUCAGCACCCGCUCGCCUGACGUUCAAGGGAUGAAUGGCCACACACGCAGAGGAGCACGCAAGAGAUGCUGAUUCCAAGAAGAGUUGCAGUUGUCCGCCUGAGGAUAGACUUACAGCCUAACCCUGCUGCCCACCCCCAUGGAUCGGGAUGCACACGGGAUUUUAGAAGCAAAAUGCACAAAUCUGAAAAAAAUAUGUAUUUUCAUUCUUAGCACCUAAAUGUUUUUCAUCGCUUUGCUUUGUUGCAGACGCCCAUGUAGCACUCGGAAAGAUGAAAGACUACGCCAUACUUUUCCGCAUGCGUGGCAUAACUUGUCACAUGAACUGAAGUAAAACCUAAAUGAGAAAAGACAGAAUAACAGCUGACCUUCUCAUUGGAGACAAAAUAAGGCCACUUGCUGUAUUUUGUUUUACUAUCACUUCAGACAGUGUUCUCGUGAAUGUAUUAGAAAGUGGAAGUUGUUUUCUGUUGCCUGUCAUCAAUAGAAAAUGUUUAAUGGAUGUUAGAUCAAGAAUUGAAAAUCAAACCAUUGGAUUAUUGAUCAAAUAAUACCAGCACCACAUCGAGUAGUGUUGCAGGUUGAUUAUCCUAAAGGGGAGGCUGAGUCUGGUCAGUUAAAGAAAGGAAAGCAUGUUCUUAAAAUGUAAAUAUUAAGUCUUUCUGAGGAAGGAUAAGAAAGCAAGUAAUAAAACCAAAUGAAAAUAGAAAACUAACAUGUGGACCCCAUCAAAACAUCCCUUUGUAUAGUGUCCUAUCAGUAAAUUAAAGCAAUUAAAUGUUCUUUAGAAAUAACUUCUAAGAAACAUCCUUUGAGCUUCUUUGAAGUUCAUUCAUCUGAAGGGCUAAUAGAGAAAAAUUAUUGUGUAAAAAAUAAGAAAAAGGGGCUACAAGUAUGGAGAAGGCAGCUAAGGAUAUUCAAACGGAAAACACAGCAGAGUCAGAAAUGCAGAGUGCAGCAAAACUGUGCCGUCCAGCUGAAGAAGAGGCAGAAAAACCCUCCAUGUUUUGUUUUAAGAAAAGAAAAAAGUCAGGCAAGAAGGCUUCAGACGUGAAGGGUACCUGCGAAGAAGAGUCUGCAAACUUGAAUCAAACCAGCCAGUGCAGUGCGGACCACAGAGAAGGGAAAGCUUCAAAUCCAUCUCAGUCACCAAAAGGAGCCUGGGCAGCUAUAAAAUGUUUUGUGAGACCAAGGAGAAAGUUAAAGUCUUCUUCCAGGAAACACGUACCUUCCGACUCUCAAGUCCAGCUGGAGACCAGUACAGAGGAGGCUGGCUUGCAGAGUUUGCCCAAGAAAGAGGUUCGUUCUGGUCUGAAAAUACCAUGCAUAAGAUUUUCAGGUGGCAAGAGAAAACCCAGCCAGUGUGAAAUGAUAGAGGAAUCGGACGACAGUAUUAAGGGAAAUGAAGCAAUGGGCAUUUUGAAUAAAGCUACCAGUGAACCCGAGGAUUUGGCAACUGCAGUUAAAUCUAGCCCUGAUCGAUCCUUUGGCCAGUCUGCUGCAAAGAAAGACAGUGACAGUACGGCUGAAAAAAGUGACAGUUCUGCUGGGGAGAACGAGCUUUUGCGAGAACCCGGGCCAGACACCGAUCAACACACAGCAUGUCCUGUCCAGUCAGAAACAAUGAAUUUAGAGACAGUUGCUGUAAUAGUCCAGGAAAAACAGUGUCCGAGGAGCCAACCAGAAACAGCAGUGCAUACAGUAACCAAGCAGGAUGAUGGCAACACUGCGUUUGGUGCUGAGCCGCCUGAGGACCUACCAGAGCAUGUACCUAGAGUCACCGAGGUACAAGGUAGAAACGCCAUGCCUGAGAAGCAGCCUGGACUGGAUGAGUUUGGAAGCAGCAUAAGCGUUAGUGAGGACUGUAAAUCCAAAGAGACGAUAAUGGGUUCCAGUCAGUCAGCAUUUAGAGAUGAGGCAGCAAAUGUACAGAGCUGUUCAAACGAACAAUUUAAAUUAGAAGAAAGUAAGGAUGUUGAUGGGGUGGGCAUUGUGAUUACGGUUACAGAUGCAGACGAUUGCAAUGAAGUGGAGCCCAGCUAUAUCUGCAAGCUGCCCUUGAUCCCACGUCAUACAAAACCCAAAGGGAAUAAGAAAAGUGGGAACUUUGAUUUCAGUAGCUUUUCAGAUUGCCAACAGGGCUCAGUGGCAGGCAGCGGCCACUGGAGGGAGGAUAAAAACAGUUCCCAUGCUCUCUCACCCAAAGGUCUCAGUGAUCAGGGGCAAAGAACUUCAGAGCAGUAUGAAUUGCUUCUGAUAGAAACCGCGUCUUCACUUGUAAAAGCAGCUAUUCAGUCAUCCAUCGAACAGCUGGUUAAUGAAAUGGCUUUGGAACAUAAUAAACAGAACAGUUUUCUCUGAUGACAAGAAUGCCCAAAAAAGAGAGAGAAGCGAUUUAAAUUAAAAAGUACCUUUACUCUCAAGAUGAAAAGCCAGAAAUAGUCCUGACUCCUUAGCUAUUUUAGGUCUAAGCAUAUAUCGUUUAAUUCUGCAUGCCAGUUACAUUGCUGUGUGUAUGUAAAACGGGUCCAAGAAUAAGUGGCUGACCUCAUAUGGUACAGAAUGCCUUUUGGGACCAGGCCUUAAAAUGCUGCUGUAGGGAACGUGGAGAGGGCAAGUUAUUUUUGUUGGGUCAGUUUUCCCUUACUGAACUCAUUUUUUUGAGGUUGGGUGCCUGUUGCCACUAUAUAGUUUAGAUUUUCCUAUUAUUUGCAUUUUAUUUAUGUCAUCCUGUGUUUCCCAAUCCUGCAGUUUCCAGAGUACCCUGCAGUUUACGGGACUUGAUCUUAAGCUCCCUGAAGUCAGCUGGAACUUUGCCAUUGCGUUCUAAAGGAACAGCUCAGGUCCAGGAACUGCAGCAUGAUGUGGGGAUGCUCAGUCCUCAGCAGGAUUGAAUCAGUGUCCCUGAUUCAACAUACCCGCUUUGAAAACACAAAAUGGGGCAGCUAGAUAAUGGUGCAUUUCAUUUGACCUUUUCUACUGUCUGCACUGUCUUGGGAACAUUCAAUGCAUGCAGUAGAGAUGAGCAUGACCGAGGACUAUGGUGUUGCCAAGAAAAUGAUGUCAUUUAACUUGCCUGCUCUUUUUCUCAUUAAAAUCAGUGGCAAAACUGCCACUGAUGUCAUUGGUACAGGGCUGAGCUGAAGUCAGCCUGUUCCAUAUAUCCCCUUCUGCUGAGUCUUCCCUUUGCUUUUAUAAAAUUGUAGUGAUGAGUGAGGCCUAAGCCUUGCUAGAGCAUGUAUCUGAUACAUGGCAUGAGAUAUAAAUAGAAAUGAGCUGCUAGAGCGCUAGUGGUGAAGUAUUGCCUCAGGGUUAGAAUAGGUCCUGUAAUCGUAUCAUUCUGCAAUCAGUGGAGCUGUUAUAGUUCACAAUUAUUUUUUAUUCUAAUGACUGCCGGUGCCCUUGAAUGCAGCCAGAAUUUACUUGUAUGUCUUUUAACUGUGAUGGCUUUUUCCAUUGCUUCAUGUCUUUCCUAACCUUAACCCAGUCUGUUCCACUUUGCAUGACUGUGUUAUGUCCCCCCGGUCCCCAGUUUCUCCCACCAGUUCCACUUGACUGUCUCCUCACUGGUGUUCUGGUCUAUCCCACUGAAAACUUAGAUCUAGCCCAGUCAUACUCCAGUUCAAGCAACCAGAAACGUGCCAGAUUGAAUUCUGAAACAAGUUUGUCAUCAAAAAUGGCAAUGUGCCCCUCAUGCAAGUGUCUGCUUAUAGUGUGUAUGUACAUGUAUCAUAUAUACGUGUGUGUGCGCAUGUAUCAUUUGACCUGUUUCUUCCCAGCUCUUUAAAACAGGCCUUUUGAUUAUUACCGCUAGAGAAUACAUGAGGUAAUAGGGCUAUGACUUAUGUACAGCAGCCAAAUAUUUCUUAGAUGAAGCAAAAAUCACAACCUCACUUGACAACUGUAUAUUGACAACAUGCAGGGAUUUUUCCCAAGGACAGUAUUCAGAUUCCCAUUAAAUGACAAGGGCUGUACAUUUUCCUGGGAAGCAGUGCCCAUUCACAUUGUAACACAGGAAGGAAAAAAAUACCAUCAGAGUACACACUCAACGGUACCACCUGAAUAUUAGCAGUGAAGAGCAAGACCAUGCCUGCAUGUGUAUAGACCUUUAAAAGAAGAUUCCUAGAUGUGACGGUGUAAAAAAUCCCUCUGUUUUCUUUUCUAGGAAUGUGUUUGAUUAACUGUGAUCUGGAUCAAAGUGUCAGUAGUUCAGCAUAUGCAUUGUAAAUGGUUUUGUGCUUUAUACUGUUCCCUGCGAAUAUGGUGUCACACUUUAAAAGAAGACGCUUUAAGAGUUCGUGGCACUUUGGAAAGCUUGCACUCUCCGCAGACAGUACGUGGAUGCAGGAAACUACCUGUUUGAUCCAGCAGACUUGCACUAUACAUCAGUGCUGGAUGGAGAAAGGCUGCAACUCUGUGAUUCAUAGAUUCAUAGAUGUUAGGGUCGGAAGGGACCUCAACAGAUCAUCGAGUCCGACCCCCUGCAUAGGCAGGAAAGAGUGCUGGGUCUAGAUGACCCCAGCUGAUUGUGGAGGGUCUGUUGGCAUUGGCUGUGGAAAGAACCUCUUGGGCUCUGUGAAGUGGACAUAGCUUUACUCCUCAGUGAGCUAGAUCAUCAUCUGGUGCCAAUCGGGAUAGCUCCAUUGAGACCCAGUUUUGCAUGGCUUUCAUGUUAAUUUGCACUAGCUGAGGAACUAGCCAGCUGGUGCCUGUUGAACAAAAGAGUUUAUUUAAAAGAAAAGGAGAGAAAAUGUGUGAUUUGAGUAGGAAUUUAGAGAAUGACAAAUAUACACUUGUUCUCCUACCUUGUGCCUGCAGGCAGUUGUUAUUGAUGUAUGUUCAGACUUGUGUUUGCCUUUCCUCUAUGCUAUUGCUGGUUUUCCUUCCAUUAGAACUGGAUGAUACAGAGCUGAAAAUCACUUCAUUAAAAUCUGAUGUACCUCGUGCUUUUUUGCAUUGUGAUUGGUGGGGCAGCUAGGCAGGGAUUUUACAGUGAAAGAUGAAUCCACGAGGAAGUUCUGCUGUUCAUUUUUGAAUGCGUCUAGCCAGCUGGGAACCACACAGUAAGUAGUAAAAGGCUGCGUAGACCUUGGGGGAAUUGCAAUCUUUGGAGAAUAGCUAAGCUAAUGUGUCCUUUUCGCAAUGUUUCAUUUUGGUUCCUGCAAAUUAAAGCAAGUGUCUCGUUUUUAUUGUA